CCCUUGUCAGUUUUUGGAGAGCGCUAAACAAGCACUCGCAAGUGGCUGCGAUAGACGGUUACCCCUGUUGUGAUCUUUUGAGAAUUACCCUAACUGGUGGUUUGUAGGGACGACCUAAAUCGACCCCACUCGCUAUCCACUGCUAUAGGUACGUACAAUUAGUUGUUAGGAUAGCCCGCCUUGGAGUAUGAUCCAUCCCGCCUUCACAUAUAUGUAACACUACCAUCGUGGUUUUAACUUUCGCCCUCUCACACGAUAAGCACUAGGUCACCAAAUUCUCGAGUACCGACUCGGCGACCGCUAAGUUGUCGCGGGAGCAGGUGGCGCCGUCGACUAUAUCGCAGUAGAAGCUGUCCUACCAAGUCCACCGUUUCAAAGCUGCCCUGCCAACAGAUCCCGAGAUAUUCGCACGGUAGUCAUUAGGUAGUAAGACGAGCACGAAAUUGCGACGAUGAAGAUCGCUUGCUUGCAAUUCGCCCCUCAGGUUGGCGAUGUCGACAACAAUCUAAACCGAGCCGAUGCCAUCCUGAACAAGGCGAACCCCCAAGACUUAGACCUUCUCGUCCUACCCGAAUUAGCGGUAACAGGUUACAACUUUCGAUCGUUGCGUGACAUCUCUCCGUUUCUCGAGCCGACGGGGGCGGGGAUUUCCUCAGUAUGGGCCAGGACAACUGCUCUCAAAUACAACUGCACGACCAUUGUUGGAUAUCCGGAGAAGAUGGACGUUUCUAGACAAUGGCCGACGUCUCCUGAAUAUUAUAAUUCUGCGUUGAUGGUAAACCAAGACGGAGAUACGAUUGGUCAUUAUAGGAAGACGCAUUUGUAUUAUACUGACGAAACAUGGGCUCUCGAGGGAUCCGGCUUCUUCAGGGGUCGUCUUCCUGGUAUAAAGGGUAAUGUAGCCAUGGGCAUCUGUAUGGACAUUAAUCCAUAUAAAUUUGAAGCCCCGUGGCAUGCCUUCGAGUUUGCGUUCCACGUCUUGGAAUCAAAUGCGAAUCUAGUCAUUUUGAGCAUGGCUUGGCUUACUACCGAGGACUUCGGGGUCUACUCGAGUAAAAGUUCGGAGCCAGACUUGGACACAUUAACCUACUGGUUGACUAGAUUGGAGCCUCUGAUUCGCGCCGAAACUGAAGAAGAGAUUAUCGUCAUCUUUGCGAAUCGGACUGGGGUUGAGGAUAAUGCAGUGUACGCAGGUACGAGUGCAGUAAUUGGAAUUAAAGAAGGCGAAGUGAGUGUCUAUGGAGUUCUUUCGCGUGGGGCGAAAGAACUUCUGGUCGUCGAUACUGAUGCAGCACCGUACGCGAAACUAGUAUAUCGGCCAGAAGAUGAUGGGAGAUCGGUUAGUACGACGGAGGGCGAGACUCAAUUACCACAAAGUGGAAAAAAAAGUUCAGGAGGUACGCCAAAUAGCCACAGCGCGCCAGCAGGUGCCUCUGGAAGCCCGGGGGCAUCGACUGAGCCCAACACCGAAGACCUAGAGCCGCUUGUAGAGACCGGUCGUCGAAGCGUGCCGCGUACUGUGCAUGUCGAUACCCCAAUUUCGCCGCGAUAUUUUUGGCAAAGGUCAACUGCAGGAUCCGAAUAUAAUGGAUCCACAGACGGUUCUGUUCCUCGAAGCAUCAAACGAGAUGCCAAUGUCGAGUCAUCGGGGUCCGUAAAUAGACUGAACGACACCAUUACGGCUAGCGAGACUCCUGUCAAACGGCCUGGUUCAACGAAAUCCCGCAAUGCAAGCCGCCAUAGGCCCCAUAACUCACAACCUGCUAGUACAGCAGAGCAAGUGUCUCAGUCAAACCCGAUAGGAGUAAGGAGGCAAAAAGAUCAGGAUGUCAAAGUAACACCUAGGAGACCAACGACCGACGUUGGACAAACAAUGCUAUCUCCUGAUUUAGAUAAGCUAGGUGCAGACCUCAUGGUGUUCGAAGGACCUUUAACCAACGGGCCAAGGCGGGAUAGUCUUAUAUGUCAUGUGGAUGAAGAUGAUUAUGCUGCGGUACUAUUGGCCAAGCAUAAAGACUACGCCGUAAAGAAGCCGAGCAAACCCGAUACACGCAAUGGUCGUUCUAGCUCUCGACACGCCAAAUCCAAUGGCUCGCCAAAGGAAGGUAGUGGCAGGUCUCAGUCGAGAAGUAAAGUCUCAAACGGAUCGCCGACAAUUCCUUUUGAGACAAGUCAGGGGACACCUGUUCGACCGGCAAGUCGUGGAAGACACCGAAGCGGCAGCACGACAACGCCGAAGGGUUUAUCGAAGAAGUCAUCGCACAGUCGUAUGGCGUCAAACGGGCCCCCUCAAACACGACUUGAUGAAGUGCGGAGAACACCCAAGGAACUCGGCCACAACGCUAGACAUAAACGUGAGGGUUCAGCGAGCGCAACAUCUCCAUCUCGUCAGCAUCGGUAUGAUCCCGUACCAUUGCCAAAUAAGCCAGCUAGGUACAUGAACUCGGAACCGGCCGUUGAACGUGAAGUGACGCUGCCCGUCAGGACGAAGCAUCGCAAAGAUGAUUCUCGCUCUGCAUUGACUAAGGGGGCAGCAGCUUCCCCGGAGAUUAAUCAUCCAAGUCCGAGUGGUUAUGUCCCCUCGACUGUAGCGGAGACUAGAGUACCGGCACCGAAGGUCUUCCCAGAAAGAAUCCCGCCAACGCCCAAGGCUAUGAUACUUCCUCCCGAUUAUGAUGGCAGUGUCAACCAUCAGAGUAUGCCUGCGCUACCAAGAAAAGAGCCACAGGUAGUUAGCAUGAAAUGCGUCGAUGAAAGCACCGAUGUACGGUCCGAUAGGCCAAGGAGUGCGGUAUGGUAAAUCGUGAGUAGGGACUUGUCGGGAAAUUAUGGUGAUACCACCUUGUUUAUUCUAGCGAGGAGUUCAAGGAAAGGGAGUAUGUAUGUUAGUUCCGGGUUGUAUGCCAUGAGACGUUAUAGAUGUAUGGAAGUUUAAGUACUUUCUUUUGAAUGAAGAAGGCUUGUUGAUGAACAUAUGGUUUUGCAUAGGUAUUGAAGUGUUUUUCUGUGUUUUAUGUAAGAACACCGGUCACUUUGUAGACCAGCCAUAUUGCGACUCAUUGGGGGCAUUUAAGGAGAUAUACGCGCGACUUGAUACGCUUGGGAACAGAAGUGCAUCCCUUACCUUGGUAAGGUAAGGUAUACAGGUAUGGAUGUACAAGGAAGAUCGAUGUCAUAGGUCAGCCCUUACGUCCGUAUAAACUCGGGUUGCCGAUUCUAUCGGA